AUGCCCAUCAUACGGUGCGCACACCUCACGCUACACUUAGAUCAUCUGACGACUACCAACCUCCCGCACGCACACACGUUGGCACGAAUAAUAAUGGAAAUGAAUAGCAAGUUGGGAUCUUGCUCGCUUCUUACAAAAAAGGUAGGCGCCGUUCCUCCACUUCCGAUGGUGAAAGCUCUCCCGAGGAGAACAAAGCUGACGGCACCAUUGCGAACAAGAAGCCGAAGGUCAACUCUACCAAAAAUUCCACCCCCAAUUUUAGCAAGUAAGCUCUUGAGUUACCAGGUUCUCAGAGCUUGA